GAAGUUAAGUACAAGGACAAGAGGCCGAUCCUUUGCGUUGCGAUGGGAUUGGUGGGAGCAACCUGGGGAAAUUCAGCAGUUACCCCCUCCCCUCCCCUCGCAUAUCAUCCAUUACACUGACUGCAGUGAGGUAUAGCCAUGUUGCGACUCCUAAGACACCAGGCUAGAGGGACGAGGAGCUGCCUCUGUGGCCAGAGGCGCUAUGAGCAUCACAAGAGCGUCAUGGCCAUCCGGCGUGAGGACAUCAACGUGUGGGAGAGACGGGCGCCCCUGGCUCCUCGCCACGUUAAAGAGAUCGUCCAUGCUGGCCACAAGGUCCUCGUCCAGCCUUCCAACCGAAGAGCCAUCCAUGAGAAUUAUUAUGAGAAAGCGGGGGCCAUCAUUUCCGAGGACAUUUCCGAGGCCUCAUUGAUCAUUGGCGUCAAGAGGCCUCCGGAGGAGAAACUUUAUCCCAGAAAGACCUACGCCUUCUUCUCUCACACCAUCAAAGCACAGGAAGCUAACAUGGGUCUACUGGAUGACCUGCUCAAAAAGGAAGUGCGUCUCAUCGACUAUGAGAAGAUGGUCGACGCCAAUGGCUUCCGUAUCGUGGCAUUCGGACAGUGGGCUGGCGUUGCAGGAAUGAUCAAUAUUUUGCAUGGUUUGGGACUUCGUUUUCUGGCGUUGGGACACCACACUCCUUUUAUGCACAUCGGUAUGGCCCACAACUACAGGAAUGUCAGCCAGGCCAUCCAGGCAGUGAGGGAUUGUGGGUACGAGAUCUCCAUGGGCCUCAUGCCCAAGUCCAUCGGCCCAGUGACUUUUGUCUUCACCGGCACAGGCAACGUCUCCAAGGGUGCACAAGAUAUCAUCAAUGAGCUUCCUGUAGAAUACGUGGAGCCUCAUGAGCUAAAAGACGUGUCUCAAACUGGAGACAUGUCCCGAGUGUACGCCACCGUUCUGAGUCGUCACCACCACCUGAUGAGGAAGAGUGAUGGUGUUUAUGACCCCCUGGAGUACGAGUAUCACCCGGAACUGUACACAUCACACUUCAGAACCAGCGUGGCGCCCUACACCACGUGCCUGAUCAACGGCAUCUACUGGGAUCCCCAGACACCGCGGCUCCUCAGGCGGCUGGAUGCCCAGAGACUCCUGACGCACGUCAAGCCCUCCGCCGCCGCUACGGAGGGAUGGCCAGAACUACCACACAAGCUCCUGGCGAUCUGUGACAUAUCUGCCGACAUGGGCGGCUCUAUUGAGUUCAUGACUGAGUGCACCACUAUCGAUAAGCCCUUCUGUAUGUAUGACGCGGACCAGCACAUAGACCACGACAGCGUGGAGGGCACAGGUAUCCUCAUGUGCUCUAUUGAUAACCUUCCUGCCCAGCUUCCCAUUGAAGCUACUGAGUAUUUUGGAGACCGCCUCUUUCCCUACAUUUGGGAGAUGCUUCCCUCCGAUGCCACCAGACCCCUUGAAGAAGAGGACUUCUCACCUCAAGUUAGGGACGCUGUGAUAACGUCAGAAGGAAAGCUUACCCCAAAGUUUGAAUACAUUGAAGAUCUUCGUGAACGAAGUGAGCAAGCCAAGAUCAUGAAGAGGAGUGGAAUGAAGCGAGUGCUACUACUGGGUUCAGGUUACGUGUCGGGCCCUGUCAUUGAGUACCUCACCCGGGACCCAGGGACUCAAAUCACUGUUGCAUCAGUGUUGUUGACCCAGGCAGAGGAGCUGGCAGGGAAAUACCCCAACACGAUCCCUGUCAUGCUGGAUGUCACCAGUCAGGAGGGCCAUCUGGAGUCCCUGGUCAAAGACCAUGACUUAGUCAUUAGUAUGCUGCCGUACGGGUAUCAUCCUGUGAUCGCCAAACACUGCAUCAACAAGAAGGUAAACAUGGUGACAGCCAGCUACCUGAGUCCAGCCAUGAAGGACCUUCAACAGAGUGCUGAGGAAGCUGGCAUCACUAUAGUGAAUGAGAUGGGCCUGGACCCUGGCAUCGACCACAUGCUGGCUAUGGAGUGCAUCGACCAAGCCAAGGCGGACGGCUGCACUAUUGAGUCAUACAGUUCAUUCUGUGGUGGACUCCCUGCACCAGAAUGCUCAGACAAUCCUCUGCGCUACAAAUUCAGCUGGAGUCCAUAUGGAGUCCUCCUCAAUACCAUCAGCCCUGCCAUCUUCCUCAAGGACAACGAGGUGGUGAGCAUCCCAGCGGGCGGCACUCUGAUGGAAUCCACGGCUCCCAUGGACUUCCUGCCCGGCUUCAACCUGGAGGGCUUCCCCAACCGCGACAGCACCAAAUACUCAGAACAGUACGGCAUCGAGUCAGCACACACACUCAUCAGAGGAACACUCCGCUUCAAGGGUUUCUCUGAGGCCAUGAGUGGCUUUGUGAAGCUGGGUCUGAUCAACACUGACCCCUGCCCCAUGCUGAAGCACACCUCCGCUCCCGUCUCCUGGAAAGAGCUGCUGUGUAACCAGAUUGGCCUGCCCCCCUCUACCUCUGAGAAGGCCUUUGAGGGAGCUGUUUACGACCGCAUCGGCCAAGACCCCUUCAAAAUGGAGACACUCAAAUGGUUUGGGAUGCUGAGUAAGGAGGCUGUUCCCCAUGCAGAGACUGUGCUUGCGUCACUGGCUAAGCACUUGGAGGCCAGGCUCUCCUUUGAUAAAGGCGAGCGGGACAUGAUUAUCAUGAGGAAUGACGUGGGCCUGCGCCACUCCACAGGGGAGCUGGAGACCAAGCACAUCAGCCUGGUGGUCUACGGAGACCCCAACGGCUACUCUGCCAUGGCCAAGACCGUGGGCUACCCUGCAGCCAUCGCUGCUCGCAUGGUGCUGGACGGAGAAAUCCGUACGAAGGGACUGGUGGUGCCAAUGACUAAGGACAUCUAUGGACCGGCACUGAAGAGACUGCAGGAGGAGGGCCUCAACUUCACCUCGAAAAGCACCAUCCAAGAGUAGUAACUCAUGAGUCAUCGGCAGUGUCCCAAUAGUGUUAGAUAUCCUUUCCUGGCAUUCUCCUCCAUCUGCACUGAUCCAAAAAAAAGACCCCACAUUUUUUAUUCUUCAUUUCAAUUCUUUCAGAACAGUGCAGAUAAAAGGAAGGAAGCUAUUUUAGUCGUAACGCGACACCAUGUGAUACACAGACAGGAAAUACAGCCAAUCCAUGGCUUGGUACCAGGCCACAGAGAAACGGGAUGCAUCUCAAUAGUCUCACGUUACUUUCUCCGUUUGUCCUCCUGUCCUUCAUCUGUGCUGAUCUGAGAAGGCAGGGUGGGGGAAGGCAAUAUGGUAGAAAUCCUCAGGAGGACAGGAUAUGAGGGGAAGCAGGUUUUGGCUAUUGAGAUGCACCCUGACUUCUGGAUGCUUUUGAAACAAGCAGUCUACUUUGUGUCAACAUGUCAAAUAGAACUAUUACGUUGUAUGUGAACAGUUUCCAAGCACUUUGCUUCUUUUAAUUAAGGCUGUAUAAUUCUUUACCUGGAGAACCACAACUCCCUGAGUGUCGUUAUUACAUGACAUAACGAUCCUAUAAUCUGCACAGACCUUCUAAGCUAAAGCGUCUCAUCUUUCCUUGACCAUAACGUAUGCUUGUCCUGAUGUUGAUCAGCUACUGCACAGUUCUGCUGAUCUUUACAUAUUGAUUUGGUUAUCUGCUCAUUGUUGAUAACACUCAGACAAUCAAGAUUCUAGAAAUAUCAGGAGUGAACGUGUACAGUGCCUGCCCAAAAAAACACCAGUGAAUAAGUUGCGAGUGAACAGCACUAAUAUAAUACCGUAGCCUGGACAGCUUGAUCAUAAGAACAAGUAGUUGUAGUAACUCACCAAGAGCCUCUGAACAUUUUUUUAAAAACUAUAUGUUUUACUCAGUGACCUGCAUCACCGGUCAACCAUAGCUCAUACUGAAACCCCCCAAAAACCUACCAUGUCUCAUUUUCGGGCAAUAGUUUUAAAUCAAUCUACUGUAUUUGUGUAGAAUUCAUUCUAAAUACUGUGCAGAUACAUUUAAGAACAAAAAAUAUUUAUGUUGAAUCCUAGUUAAAGAUCCCAAACACUAUUUUUUGAGUAAAAUAUCCAAGUGUAUUUAUUUUCUGGAUUGGAUAUAAAUGGUCUCCAGUGCUGCAACAUAUUGUUUCUGCGUAAUUACAUGGUUGAAAUGUAAGAUUGAGAUGUCGAUUUGUUAUCAAUGCCUAUUUAAGCAAAUAGAUUAGAAUGGUCAAUAUAAUCUGUCAUUCUAUUGAUACAGAUAUACAAGUAUAUAGUCAGUGGCCAGUUUAAUAGGUACACCUAUCUUUAAAAAAAAACAAUGUUUUUUAAUCAGGGUGGCCAGUUGAGAACAAGUUCUCAUUUACAACUGUGACCUGCCCAAGAUAAAGCAAAGCAGUGUGACAAAAACAGUUACACAAGUACAGUCAAUAACACAAUAUAAUAAGACAUAAAAAAAAUCUAUGUACAGUGUGUGCAAAUGUAGAAGAGUAGGGAGGUAAGGCAAUAAAUAGGCCAUAGAGGGGAAAUAAAUACAAUAUAGUACCGGGUCAGACCCAAUUUUGCCUCCAGAACAGGCAGAAUUUUUCAGGGGAAUGGAUUCUACAAGGUGUGGUGGUCAGAUACUCAAUUGGUAGCAAGGGACCUAACGUGUGCCAGGAAAACAUUCCCCACACCAGUACACUGCCACCAGCCUCUACUGUUGACACCAGGCAGGAUGGGUCCAUGGACCAAAUCCUGACUCUGCCAUCAGCGUGACGCAACAGGAAUUGGGAUUCGUCGGACCCGGCAAUGUUUUUCCACUCCUCAAUUGACCAAUGUUGGUGAUGGUCGUCUGCAGCAAUACCAAUCCGUGACAAGGACUGACUAGUUGUGCAUUCCGAGAUGCCGUGCUGCACACCACUGUUAUUUGCUAGUUUGUAUAGCUUGCUUGUUGCUUGCACGAUCUUUGCCAUUCUCCUUCGACCUCUCAUCAACGAGCUGUUUUUGCCUACAGGACUGCCGCUGACUGGAUGUUUUUUUGUUUGUCGUACCAUUCUCUGUAAACCCUAGACACUGCUGCAUGAAAAACCCAGGAGGCCGGCCGUUUCUAAGAUACUGGAACUGGCGCGCGGCACCGGCGACCAUACCAUGCUCAAAGUUGCUUAGGUCACUUGUUUUGCUCAUUCUAACAUUCAAUCGAACAGUAACUGACUGCCUCAACAGGGUGGUGUACCUAAAACUGUCCACUGAGUUUCUAUUUGUGUAUAUAUAUAUCUGCUCAGAGAUUAUAAUAUGGCAGAAUAUAUUGGGGUCUUCUUGUAAAAUUAAACCCUUUGCAGUUGUCCCGCCUUUUGUGUAUUUCAUAGAAAAAUAAAAGGACCAGUGAGUUGUGUGGAAGUCGUGUGGCUUUGAUGAAAUGGAUUGAAUGGUGCCAUUCAUUCUCACGUACCUACAGAACACGGAAGGUUGUGACUGCAUUCAAUAUUUCAUCUAAACCAUUUUAAUCUUGAAUAAGGGCUUCAUUUUCAGCUCAUGUCUGUAUUAUUGUGGAGCAGCUUUUAACGUCUAUUCAUUUCAAAGGUUUAACGGGUCAAUCGUCAUUUACUAACACUUUACAUGGUUGUGGGAAAAUGUUUAAUAAAGAACACAAAUACUUAAUGUAAAUCCAAUUUUCAUUAGGAUAAAUUGCUUUCCUUAACAUAAGCGUUAGGUCAGGUUUCUAAAGAGUUUUCUUUGACUUGACAUGCGGCACCAAUUACUAAUAAGGAUUGCCUUUUGAUAUUGAUAAAUAUGCAUCUAUUAUGUUUCAAUGUUUCAAUAUUACGGAGUCAACUCAUAGCCUCUGAAUAAACAAUCAGCUUUUCCUUCCAUUCAAUGUGGGCCCGCCCAUGAAAACUAGGCCACCAAGCUAGGGAUAAUUGGGCAUGCAAUUAUUAAAAGUCAAAAAUGCAAAUUAAGGUAUGGAUACAGCUGCUGGUCAAGACGGUGUCUGGACACUUGACCUAUUUUCCCCUGAAAGGCGCAUUUCUUUUGGAGUCUUAGACGGGAUUAGAACACGAAAAUCAAUUGGAAUAACCAAUUCUCCACAGGGAUUAUUCCAUAACUCCAUAGAGUCGCAUCUCUGUCGACGGGAAUCUAUAAUCCAAUGUCUAAAAUGAAUCCGUUUCUUCAAGCCACCCGUUUGUCUUCUUCGAGCACAUAUUGUUUAACGGCUUAUCAGGGGCCUGCCGAAAGGUCAUUCUAUCAUAGCAAAUGGCGGAACAACAUUAAAGUUGAUUUAACUAGAUGGCGUGGUCAUCUCUGCUUGCUGUAACCAACAAGGUAAUACAGACCCACCACAAAGCCCCCUCAUAAUAUUUGGGGGAAGGUUUCAAGAAAGGUUUAGACAAUCAACACCAUGUGACAGUUAUUGUAUUUUUAAAACACUUUCUUUUAUGACUUGCACAACAACUAGGCAGACAGUUAAUGCUGUCAAAAACUCGAACAAUAAGAACUAUCUGGUUGAAACGCCAGUUUACAUUUUUGUAUUUUAAUUUUUUUCUCCUUAUGAAGUGUCAAGGAAAGCUGCAUUCACUCAUAACGAGUCCAACAUUUCAUAUUUUCUCAUUACUAUACUUUUUUUCUAUAUUGUAAUGUAUUUUUUAUUGAGAGAUUACAUAUUUCAAUUAUUGUUGACAGAUCAUACCUUUUUUUUUAUUGUUAAGGUUUAGCCUAGCUGCCUUACUAUGAAAACAUGUGUUAUUUCAAACAACUGCUUACUAAUCUGAUGUGAUGGGGUCAAAUGGACUGUGUUAGGACGCAAUAAUAACUUCCGACUUGAGUUGAUCACGCGUAAAUAGAAUGUAAUUCUCUGUACAUGCAUGUUUCUCUCAGCCCGUAUUCUGACCUUGAAUUUAAGCACGGGAAUAGGAUGAUAUUCACCCGCUAUUCAUUUGGGGUGGAGAUCAAAGAAAGGAAGGUGUGGCGGAGCAGCCCGGUCUCAGACUAGACAUAACAUAGUAAACAAAUCCGGGACACGCAAAUUAGUAUGAUAUGUUACGUUUGGUAUGGUUACAUAAGACAGAUGGUUACAUUAAGUCAAAAACAAAUGUAGGCUGGUUAGUCUGGGUGGACAUAUAACGCAAACGUCUAGUAACCUAAAGGUUGCGAGUACGAAUCUCAUCAUGGACAACUUUUCAACUACUUAGCAUGGUAGCUAACCCUUCCCCUCACCUUAACCCUAACCACUAGUCUAGCUAAAGUUAGCGAGCUAGCUAACGUUAACACCUAGCUAGAAUCCAUAACAUAUGGUAUAUUUUUGCAAAUUCACAGAUACUAUGAAUUGGAAUUCGUAACAAAUCAUACGCAAUGGGUGAUGGACAGCCACAGAUUAAUACAUACCAUACGAAAUGUAAAUGGAGUGUCUCGUAUUUAGAUACAGAAUAAUAAGAAUUGCUCUGAGACCAGGUUGGGUGGAGGUGUGUCUACAGAUAUGCUGUAUUCUGACCUUGACAAAGACCUAGAUUCAAUCAGAUCAAGUGUUAACCGGCAAUAGCAGACAUCCGCAUAGUGGACGUUUUGGAGGUGGAACUGCAUUGAAGUCCAAAUCGGUGAGCAGCUGCUCUUGCGAUCAUUGUCUCGAAGCCACAUCCGCCCCACUCAUGUUUGAAGUUCAGAAUGAGAAAGUGUAGGCUAUAUAGAAAUAAUUAUGCUCAAAUUGAAAAAUCAAAAAUAAAGAUGAUUUCUAAUCAUGCUAAAUGAGGUGUAGAUUACAUAUCACAUUCCAGUGUUCGAACUUGUAAACAAGGAUGUUAAAGCGACUCUGUGCAGCCAAUGGCAAUGUCCGCUUCAGGUAUAAGGCAGAGAGUCACGUCUGGAUUUGACAGCUCUAACAUAGUUCCACCAAAACAACUUAUGCUGAUCUCAGCUAAAAAGGAUCUAAAUGAAUAGAGCCCUUAAUUCUCUCUUAAUUCCAUCAUGUUUAUGCGUGAGGAAACCAUGAAUAAGGUCGCGCGAACCUGCCGGUUCCAAGUGGAAAAAGCAUCCUACUUUAUUUUUUCUGAUAGAAAUAACGUCAUUCUCCAUGCACUGUAAUUUAUACAUGGAUAAGAGCUAUUUAUAAGACCUAGGUAAAUGAGUAAUCCAAAGGGAGAAGGGGAUUGUAAAUACAAAUAGCAAUUGUUUUAGAUGAUUCCCUUAUAAAGGGAGACGAAUGUUAAACCAAUCAUGGAAGCAAAUUGAAAAUCACAUCAACAUGACAUGUAUUGGGGCCCCUUUUCCACAGUGAAGUAGGCUAUAAAAAACAGUGCCGUUAUUCAGAAUUCUAAUUGUAUGCCCUCAAUCUGUGUGAAUGAAAUUGGACCAUCCAAGCUAUAGGCUUCUGUAGGGCCGAACCUGCCAAGUGGAUGUAUGCGCUUUAGAAUGUUUUAAUUAUUAAUUUACAAGAUCAGAGCAUUUUUUUAUCUAACAGUUGGUGCUAAAAUGAAGACGAUUAUGUAUAUAUUUAGAUGGCUUUCUUUCAUAACGACACUACAUUAUUUUCCAUUAAUUUCUAUUGGUCACAAAAUGAUCUGAUACACAACCAAAACGAAUAGAAAAUGCAUCCAACAAGUUUGUAAAUGCUUUGCCACAUUCUUUGCAGUAUUACUUUAGUGCCUUGUUGCAAAUAGGAUGCAUGUUUUGGAAUAUUUUUAUUCUGUACAGGCUUCCUUCUUUUCACUCUGUCAAUUGCGUUAGAAUUGUUGAGUAACUACAAUGUUAUUGAUCCAUCCUCAGUUUUCUCCUAUCACAGUGUCGGGUUCACCUAGGGGUCAUUAAAAGGGUUGUACCAAAAUGUUUGAUGUAUUAGAAUAAUUGAUCAUUCUUAUGUAGUAUUAAUAGAAUGGGAGGUGUUAUAAGACCCCUCCCUCCUUACAUUUAUAGGGUCCUAGACUACAGAUUAACAAUAUAUAUUCAUUGUAGAGGUUUAGUAUUCCACAAUAGUUUUUUAGUUCUCUCUCUCUCUCUUUCUUAUAAAAUGGCCCCUCUGAGAAUGUGUGACUGUGAAGAAGGAGCUCUGCAGGGGAGUGGAGGAGAUAAGACUAGUCAAACAUUCCACAAUAAAUCAGCUUUGGGGAGUGGACGUUUACUGCUAAGUUUUAGAUAACACUAAAAGCCAUUGUUUAUAUAGGGUUUUGGUCUCAGGAGUAAAAAGGUAAUGACGUAGGUAGUGACAUCACCAGGAUAGACUGAGGGUGUAACAAAACAACUGGAGACUUUUUGUUUGAUGCAGAACUUACUCAGAAACAUGCGUGCUAUGUUCCUGAUUGUCAACUUCUGUCUGCAAUUGCAUUAAUAAAGGUUUUUGAAUGAUUUAAUUAAAGAUAUUGUCAUAAUGCUAAUUUCACCAAUGAACCAAUGAUUGACAAGGAUGUAAGGAAGGAAAACGUCCCUGGUCUUUGUGGUUGAAUCUGUGUUUUAAAUUCACUCCUCGACUUAGGGACGUUACAGAUAACUGUAUGUGUGUGGUACAGAGAUGAGGUAGUCAUUCAAAAAUCAUGUUAAACACUAUUACUGCACACAUAGUGAGUCCAUGCAACUUGUGAGUUGUUAAGCAAAUGUUUACUCCUGAACUUAUUUAGGCACGCCAUAACAAAGGGGUUGAAUACUUAUUGACUCAAGACAUUUCAGCUUUUCAUUUUUGAUUCAUUUGUAAACAUUUCUAACAAAAUGAUUCCACUUUGACAUUAUGGGGUAUUGUGUGUAGGCCAGUGAGAAAAAACAUCUAAAUGUAAUCCAUUUUAAAUUCAGACUGUAACAAAAUGUGGAAAAUGUCAAGGGGUGUGAAUACUUUCUGAAGGCACUGUAUCCCUGACAAACGCCAUGCAGUCGAAAACGUGCCAGAGUAAUUUAAAAAAAAUCGUUGUUCCAUUGAACAUGCCCUACAAAUAAAGGCAUUUUAAUUAUA